AUGGAUUCUGAAGACGAUUAUUCAGAUGGAGGGGAUUAUGAUGGUAAGUAUUUUUGUUUUUUGCUUUGAUUUUUAGGUUUUUGAAAGAGUUCGGAGGAAAAACAUAGAUAGUAUAACAGAAGUUACUGUAAUCGAUGUUUUGUGGUUUUCUAAAUGAAAAUUCUAGAUUACUACGAUGAAUCUUAUCAUUACGAGCCAGAAACUCGAAACUCCGAUCCAGAAUCCGUUGAUUAUCAAUGUCUGAGUGUGGCAGAAGUUGAAAAUCUGAUAAACAAUGUUGUAGUUCAACUUUGCGAUACUUUGGCUGGGUUUUUACCUGCUCAUGCCAAACUUGUGUUAUGUUUAAACAACUGGGACUUGCCCAAAAUCCAUGAGGAAUAUAAACAAGAUCCGGUCGGGUUUUUAGAGAAAAACGGGUUGAAAACGUGUGAAAAACAACUAAAACCUCAGACAAGUACUAGUAGUUCAAUAUUGGGCUCGAAAAGGCCGCGAAUCUCGUUGAAGGCCAAGAAUCAACCGGUCGAUACGGGUGUGAAGGAAGUGGAGAAGGAGUGUGGAGUGUGCUUUGAACAGAAUGAGAACCUGAGCGCUUUGAGUUGUGGGCAUUACUUCUGCGACGACUGUUGGGGCGUCUACUUGAAAACUCAGGUGGUUGAUGGUGAGUAAAAGCUUUUCUAUAGAACUUACUUUCUACAUUACUUUACAAACUUAAGAAACAGAUAUUAUACUCUUAUUUUCACCCAAAUUUACUAUGAUUUUCUAGGUAAUUCCAUCCGAAUCGAGUGUAUGCAGCAGAAUUGUCAGUUAUAUUGUACAGAAGACUUUGUGGCUCAAAUAUUGUCUUCAAAUAAGGACGUGCGGGACAAAUAUGAAAGACAUUGUUUUCGAGAAUUUAUACAAACUAAUCCAGCGUUGAGGUUUUGCCCCGGCGUGAAUUGCGACAUGAUAUCGUUCUGCACAGCCGAUAAACCAUAUAGAUGUAUAUGUACAAAGUGUGACACUUCUUAUUGGUAAGGAAUUUUACAUUAUUUUUGGAAAUUUAGUUUUUUGAGGAUUAGAGUGUUGGACUGAAGCUAUUUUUGCACUAACGGUCACAUUGAAUGUACUAAACUUUAUAAAAAUGUUGUUCUGCACCGUGCAGUUUUUUUCAAUUGAAAUUUCAAAAAUUUUGAAAGAUUUAAAUUUCACGAGGUUUGGGAUACUGCAACAGAUGCUGAAAGCUAUUUUUCGAAGUACUACUUUGGUCAAAAAGUUUAUGGAAUCUUCAAAUGCUUACUUUAUUUUGUGACUGCACCGUGCAGUUUCAUAAAAUUGAAAUUUUAUAAACUUUAAAAGGUUUAAAUGUUACUAGGUUUGGGGUGGUUUAAGACAUCUUGAAAGCUAUCUUUUUGAACGUACUGACUUGGUCAAAAAUUCUAUAGAACAUCUUAUAAUGUCUUCAAAUUGCUCUGUGUAAAAAACCUAUUUUUAGUAUAAAAUGCGGCCAAGACUACCACGCCCCGGCCACAUGUGAUAUACUGCGGAAAUGGCAAAUUAAAUGCGCGGACGAUUCGGAAACUGCUAAUUAUAUUAGUGCACACACAAAGGAUUGCCCCAAUUGUCAUGCCUGCAUCGAAAAGAAUGGCGGCUGUAAUCAUAUGCAAUGUACAAAGUGCAAAUUCCAUUUUUGUUGGAUGUGUUUUAGGGGUAAGGAUAAGUUUAUUUUUGUAUGGAAAUGUCAUUUUAAGUUGUGGUUUGUAUACUUAAAAGGUUUUUUUGGUGAAGGGUUAGCUCGAGUAAUAUUAGGUUGUUCAAAAAAUACUGCGCUACUUCUCAAUGCAAAUCUGAGGGUUAAGUGGCUCAGAAGUUUUUGAACAACAAUAUUAUAUAUUGAUUUUAUUAGAGUUACAGUGGAUUACUGUAAUUUUUUUGAGGUUAUAGGACUACGGUAGGAUAUGGUAGAUUAUAAAGUGAAUUAAGAAUAAAGUGGAUUACUGUAAUUUAUGGUCAACGUACUGUGACUUAUGAUUUAUAUUAUUUGACGUAAAAAGCAAAAAGCUGUCAUUUUAGAUUGGAAAUCUCACGGAUCCGAGUACUACGAAUGCUCACGUUACCGAGAGAACCCAGCCAUAGCCCAAGAAGCCAACCACUUAAAAGCCCGCAGGGCAUUAGAGAAGUAUUUGCAUUACUUUGAGCGCUUCGAAAAUCACAGUAAAAGUUUGAAAAUGGAGGAAGAUCUACGAAACAAAAUCAAAGCCAAGAUCGAGGAGAAGGUGGCGAAUCACGAGGGAACGUGGAUCGACUGGCAAUACCUACACGACGCCGCUUCACUACUAACCAAAUGCAGAUAUACACUACAGUACACAUAUCCAUUCGCUUAUUACAUGGAUGGGGAUCCGAGGAAGGAGUUGGUAAGGGUUUUAUAGGGGUUGGUAAGACAAAAAAAUUAGUUUGGGGAACUAAAAAUGGCAAGAACUUUCUUUACAAAACAUAAAAUGACAGCAACUUUCUUUAAAAAACAUAAAAUGGCAAGAACUUUCUUUUCAAAACAAAAUUUUGGACUUUUCUUUUAAUCCGGCCAAUACGUUUAGCUUACGUAUAACAUGUGAUCCGCAGCCUGCGAAAAUCGUAAAACUCAAAAAUGGAAAAAACUUGUUUCCAAAAAGUUAAAACUUUUUUAUACAUGUAAUUCGAACUUCAGACGUAUUUUAACAAAAAUCUCAAAUUUUAAAAUUAAAAAUCUUUUUUUUCAGUUCCAAUACCAACAAGCUCAAUUAGAAAAGGAAAUAGAGGAAUUGUCAUGGAAGGUGGAAAGGGCCGAGACGACUGAUCGUGGUGAUCUUGAGAAUCAGAUGCACGUAGCCGAACAGAAGCGACGCACUUUGUUACAGGACUUUUUCAACUAA